GACUCACGAAGGAGGCGCGACGUGCGCGUGCCGCUGUGCUGCACUGCUAGUGUUCCUGCGCGCCGUGCUGUCCGGCCCGCCCGCGCCGCGCACCGAUGCCGCCACCGUCUUCCUCGCGCUACUCCCCGGGCCGGCUGCUCGCCGCGCGCCCGGCGUCCGCCACCACGGUGGGGAGAUGGGCGCGCUUGUCGUGCUCGCUGUCCAUGAACGGGUGCGCGCCGGGCGCCGGGGACCGCGGCGCGGUGUGCGUGCGCGAGACGCGGGCGCUGCCGGCCGCGCCGGCGCCGCACGACGCAGUGGGGCGGCUCAGGGCCGCCGUGGACGCGCUCUGGUCCAACGCAGCGCCACCGGCCGCGCCCUCCGGCAUCAUCCGCAUCGAGGUGCCCAUCACGCAGCGGGUGGACGCCGUGGAGUGGCUGCACGCGCAGACCACGCUGCCCCGCUGCUUCUUCUCGGCCCGGGCGCCGUUGCCCGACGCGCCCGCCCUCGCCGGCAACGGCAACGGCAACGGCAGUGUCCAUCGGCAGCAGCCGGUGAGUGUCGCGGGCGUGGGUUCGGCGGUCUUCUUCCGAGGGACGGAGCCCUUUUCUCUAGCUGAUUGGCGCGCAAUCAAGAGAUUUCUUCCAAGGGACUGUCCACUGGUCCGCGCAUAUGGCGCCAUCCGUUUCGACGCCACGAGUGACGCUUCCGUUGAAUGGGAGGACUACGGCUCAUUCUACUUCGUUGUUCCUCAAGUCGAGUUCAAUGAGCUCGAGGAGAGCUCAGUCCUCGCGACGACCAUCGCGUGGGACGACUCGCUCUCAUGGACAUGGCACAACGCCGUGGAGGAGCUCCAAUCGACUCUGCGAAAGAUAUCGCCUUGCUCUUCUGUUCAAGCGAACAAGGCCAGCCUACAGACAGCCAUCGUAAGUCUCAAUCAUGUCCCGACCAAGGCGUCUUGGGAUCUUGCAGUUACUAAAGCUCUCCAUAUGAUCAAGGGCAGGCAAAGAGAAUUGGUAAAGGUUGUACUGGCAAGGUGUAGCAGAUACAUUACUGACACUUGCAUUGACCCUGUGGAACUGCUGGCUUGCUUGAAGGCUGAGGGCCAAAAUGCUUAUCAAUUCUGCAUACAGCCACCGGGUGCUCCUGCGUUUGUCGGAAAUAGCCCAGAGCAACUAUUUCAUCGGAAGUACUUGAACAUUUCCAGCGAGGCUCUAGCUGGUACUCGGGCAAGAGGGAAGACAAGGGCAGAUGACUUUCAAAUCGGUCAGGAUUUGCUUCUAAGUAGCAAAGAGGACAUCGAAUUCACUAUAGUACGGGACAGCAUCAAGAACAAGCUGGAGAUGAUCUGUGAUGAGGUGGUUGUCCAUCCCAGCAAGGCUCUGCGGAAACUUCCAAGAGUCCAGCAUCUGUCAGCGCAGUUAGCUGCGCGAAUAAGGAACGAAGAUGAUGAGUUUGAGAUUCUAAACACCCUCCAUCCGAGUCCAGCUGUUUGUGGCUUGCCCACUGAAGAGGCACGCCAAUUCAUACGGGAUUGUGAAAUUUUUGACCGUGGAAUGUAUGCUGGUCCUGUUGGCUGGCUUGGAGGAGCUGAGUGCGAGUUCGCUGUCGGGAUUAGAUCAGCGUUACUUGGAAAAGGUCACAGCACUCUGGUGUACGCCGGUGCGGGGAUCGUUGAAGGUACAAACCCAUCUUUUGAAUGGGAUGAGCUUGAUCUCAAAGCAUCUCAGUUUGCAAAGCUGUUGCGGUACCAAGAACGACCUAUUCGCUACCAAGAGGCUGAAAAUCUGGGAACGGUGAUCUGAAUAGAGAAGUACAGAAGAAACUAGAAAGUCAUCACAAAGUUCGGCAUUCAUUUAGCGAGUUAUUUAUACAAUUGUUUGUUUGAUAUAGUAAGCUAGAAGGGGGAUUCAGUUGGAUUUGUGUAAUUAUGGAAUCCAGAACAGCGGCAGUGCUGAAAAAUACAUUGAUUGAACCUGAAUGGGAAAUUGUUCAAUGUAACAAAAAUAUGUUUACAACAUAAACUAUUUGAU